AGGGAUUGGCAGAGAGGGGUGGAGGACACUGAAUGGAGGCCAGUGGAGGGUUUGGCAGAGAGGGGUGGAGGACACUGAAUGGAGGCCAGAGGAGGGAUUGGCAGAGAGGGGUGGAGGACACUGAUGGAGGCCAGUGGAGGGAUUGGCAGAGAGGGGUGGAGGACACUGAGUGGGGGCCAGUGGAGGGAUUGGCAGAGAGGGGUGGAGGACACUGAGUGGAGCCUAGUGGAGGGAUUGGCAGAGAGGGGUGGCAGAUAUGGAAUGGUCGGCCAAUGAGGAGGGAGUUACAAUAGUCAAGGUGAGAUGUAACAAGGGAAAGUCAGGGGAGGGGGCACGGGCUGGAGGGAAUAGUUAGUAAUGUGAGAGGAGACUGAAGGGGUGAGGUGAGGAGGAGACUGAAAAGGUGAGGUGAGGAGACUGAAGGAGUGAGGUGAGGAGGAGACUGAAAAGGUGAGGAAUAGAAAGAAAG